AUGAUUGGUCACCGAUUUUUAUCUGUAGGAUCACCCGUACUACGCUCUUCAAUUGUUAAACUAAGGACUGUUCCAAAGCAAUCUUCAGAGAUUCCAGACGUAAACACAUUUUUGGCAAAAAUAGGCCGGAAAUGCGAAGAAGCUUCAGAAGUUUACCAAAAUAACUGGCAAAAUCUUUUCGAAUGGGACUCUAGAACUUUGAAAGAGAAAGGAGUUUCUGUGCAGCAAAGAAAAUAUAUACUCCACCAAGUGGAAAAGCUGAGAAAGGGUGAACCCAUUAGAGAGAUAAAAAAGGGUGAGAAAUCCUUCUUUGGUGGUGAGCGAAAACGUAAAGAGACUAUCGCAAAAUGGAGAGCCCAGCAGGACUCUCAGAAAUGA